UGUAAAAGUGCGCAUAUUAACAAGAUUUCUACACUCAAACAGCUCUGACUGAAGUGACAAGUACGGGAUUUCACGAGUGUUUUUAAGGUUCUGGUGAUGUUUCCACGUCUCCAAUUCAUCUUAUUACUGGGAGGACAUGAAACCGAACCACAGAAGCAGGACUACGUUAUCAAAAAAAUGGACGGUGAACUUCUAUCCUUGAAGUGGAACAAUCACCGAACAACAUUUUACCAUGUCAUCAGUGGACUCCGCAAUAAGGAGACCUACACAGAUGUAACUCUGGCAUGUGAGGGCAAAUUUUAUCCCGUCCACAAGUUGGUUCUGUCCACCUGUAGUGAAUAUUUUAGUGAUAUUUUUGAUCGCACACCAUGCAAGAACCCAGUAGUUGUUCUCAAAGACAUAAACUGCCAAGACUUGGAGUUUCUUUUAGAUUAUAUGUACAUUGGUGAAGUUAAUGUGAGACAAAAUGAACUGUCUUCACUUAUAAAAGCAGCUGAGUGUUUGAGAAUCAAAGGCUUAGCAGUGCCUGAUGAGGAACCAAAGAAAAAUGGAAGUGGUGGUAGCAGCAAUAAUACCAGUGCCGCAGGGCAGGGCAGACAGCGCCCGGAGCUUGCCACCCCGCCGGCAAAGCGGCGGCGAGCCGAGGAGAGACGAGUGACUGAACAGAGCCCCGGCAGACCGCCUGGGGAUGGCAGCCCAGAGCAGGAGGCCGGGGGAUCGGGUGGCAAGAUUAGUGGUAGUGACGCUGGCAGGUCUCGGGACCAGCUGGAGGACAAGCAAUCUGACGUUAGUGUCGAGCAGCCGGCAGUGCACAUAAAAGUUGAACAGCAUGACAGCUAUGAACAAUCUGCCAAUGAUGAGUUUCUAGUACAAAGCAAUAGUUACGAAGGUGGUGGUGGUGGGGGUGGGGAGGAAGGAGACGGCCCGCACAGUUCUGAGGGCAAUACCAAUGACUUUCCCGAGUUCCUCCAGUCAACUGUGGAAAAGGAGGAGCCUGUGGCCAUGAGUGACUUUAACCCUAGUGACUUCCCAGGGCCAUCAGGACUGCAAAAUAGUGGAAUGUCCACCUGGGAGGGUGACAAUAGUUCCACCAGCUUUGCAGAAGGACUCUCUGGGGCUGUGGCAGCUGCUGUUGCCGCAGCGUCACAACCCCAGCAGCAGCGCCAGCAGCAACAACUGAUAUUCGCAGGUCAGCAGACAGACCAUCCCAUGGCUACACCCCAACCCCAAUCCUUCAUGGUUGUCAACCCAUCAGUGGGAAAUUCUUCAGGCUUCUAUAAUUGUUCUAUGUGUAAUUAUAGAACAGGUACAAAGGAAGAACUUAACAACCAUAUGCGACAACAUACAGAUGGCUGGCUUCACGCAUGUCCCCACUGUGACUAUAAGACAAGACGGAGCAAUGACCUAAAACGUCACGUAACAAGUCGACAUGAAGGAUCCAUUCUCCGACCUUACCGCUGCUCACUUUGUCCAUAUCGCACAACCUGCUCCUCCUAUCUUCAGCAGCACCUCAACACAAAGCAUCAAAAUCACAGUAGACACUCUUCACUAUCAAUUUGCCCCUCUUCAGAAGCUCAUCCUAAACAGUGAGGGAACUAAUUAAAAGCAGACUGUAUUUAAGUGAUGCAAGUGUGAUGCCCUAUACAAAUAUAAGCACUCCCCUUCAUUGUUCAUGUUAGGUUUAUUUGUGUAUUCUGAACAUUGUGCACAACAUUGUUAAUAGCCUUUUGAGGGAGGGACAAGUACAAUAUUAUAGAAAUAAUAACAAUAAUGACUAAUAAAUACUAAAUGCUAAUGCACUUACUAAGUUUGUGUUCGUGAGUACAUGCAUGAGUUCCGUCGCCACUGCCUUGCUGGCCUUUGUCAUUGCUCAGGUGUUGUAGUGCAGGAAGGGGAGUGUGACUUUGGGGAUUAUUAUUAUAUUUCAUCAAUGGUGCUAAAAAUAUUUCUGAGCUGGUAAAGAAAAGCAAAUAUACAUGCACUGGCAGCAGUGAACCAAAUGAAAUCAGUGAAUUAAUGUUGCAUUAAGAUUUUUAAUGCACAAGGCCUUCAUAUACUAGGAUAAGGUUUUGAAAUAAAGUUGCCUUGAUUAUUUUGAUAAUAAAUGAAUGUUGAAAUGUUCCAUUUGUUCAUAUGUGAUUUAAAUCCUUGGUGCUCCAGAGUUGUACAAUAAUAUGUAAGAGGUUUUCUCUGAAUAUUGUACAUAUGUAUGUUUAAGAAUCCUCAUAAGCCUUGCAUUUCUUACUUGUCUAGUAUUUUCCAGGAUUUGAUGAGCAUUAUCUUAAAAUGUUAAAAAUGCAAGCAUUCUUUUCAUUUAAACAGUGAUAAAUAGUUAGGAAUAUUGUUAAUAUGAAGUAAAACUGGACUGAUAAAUGAGAAAACGUUUGUAUAUACGUACAUACCGUUAAAUGUAACCUGAAAGCAUUCUAUUUGAAACAAAUGUUUUAAUAAAUCUAUCAUGUUUUAACAUGCUUGAUGAAACUUACCUUUAUGUGCAGCAAGAAUCCUCACUGGCCUGGUGGUGUUUACUAUCUGUGGAUCAGCAUCUUUUGCUUCAGGAACAACGUUAUUAUUCCUGUGACACCGAGCAAUAAACCUGAAAUAUUGUCCUGAAGGAAAAAAAAAAAGAUUAAUGUAAAACACAUACAUACUAUAUGCACAUGUGUUUUUAUGUUUUUAUUUAAUUAUUGUGGGAGUCUUAAAGACAAUUUACCAGUGAAGAAAAUCUUCAGAGUAUAAUAAUGAAAAGUAAUUGCUACUGUAUAUAAUGUUAAAUAUUUCAUAAGAUAAGACGAAAUGAGGAAGAAAAUAAGCUGUACCACAGUAACAGGAAAUAUGAGAGAACAAACAUAAGAAUAAGUAAAUGCUAAAAAGCAUUACAGAAAAGAUGGCUCAUAAGAGAAUUACUAUGUCAGCAUGUAAGAGCCAUUUCAAAUUCAAGUUAAUAUUGUUUGCCUUUUGAUUUAUGCAAGUAUUUUGCCUUAAGACUGCAGCAUCAAGCUGCACUCUAAUUACAAGACUGCCAGAUGAAGCAGAUUCCCUGGAAGAAGAGUAUGACUCCCUUCCACUGUUAUCACACCUCACAGAUAUGUUCAGUAACACUGGCAUGUCUUUACAGAUAUCUGAAGUUGUGUCGUUGAGGCCACUAAUCUCCGGUGCAGUGACCUCCACUCCUGGCUCUUCCCCUUCCAGUGCUGCCACACAUACCUGCCCCAUGUGCAGAUUCUCCACCACCUGCAGACUGCUGCUGACACAACACAUCCGUCGCCACCAUGAUAAUUGGCCUUUUGCAUGUCCCCACUGUGACUACCGCACACAUCGCAGUCAUGACCUAAAAAAGCACCUCAGAACUCACACGGGAGAAAAACCUUACCAUUGCAGUUUGUGUCCGUACCAAACUAGUGACCCAAGCAACCUGAGUGCUCACUUCAAGAAUCGACACUCAUCUCUUCGAGUGGAAGAUCAUCUGCCUCAGUGAAGUUGUUCACAUAGUUUGCAAGGAUCCAGUAAAGAAGUUCUCAUGUAAUGUCAAAAUCUUCAAGCAGCUUGUACAUUCAGUAAAGUAAAAUACAGUAACAAAAAUCUUUAGAUUUGUUGGAUUCUUAUUCUUAAAUCUGAAGAACAUUUGUCCUAGUUAACAUUAUUUUAUUCAGCAGCUAUUUGAAAUGCGUUAAGAACAAAGCAGUAUUUGUUCUAAAUUUUUUAAAAUUAUCCAAUGAAAACUCUUUGAUAAUGUUAAUCUUAAUUGUAAUUAAACAUAAAAUAAAUGAAGGAAAUAGGUAAUUUGCUUUCAAAGGUAGUGUGGAAAAUUUAUUUUCUCAAAGAGAAAAAAAAUAUUAAACAUCAUACAUAUGAUAUGUAUACUACAAGGAAGACACUAAUAAUACUUACAGUAUUUUUGUAUUACACCAAGUAAGAAGUCAUCAUUACCACACCAGAAUGUUCCUGAGCUGUGAGCUGUGUAGCAUGGGGUAGUGAGGCUGUCAGUGGCUUUGCACCACCUUAACAUUUCAUUUGAUUGGUUGUUUAACAUUUCCUUAUUUUCCCUUGUUUUAGAGAUGCUCAUUUUCUCCAUGAAUCUGUUGAUUUUCUAUCUCUCCUUGAUCUUGGGAACGAAAUAAAAGUUUGUAAGGUUUAUGCAGUUCUAUUAUAAAUAAAGUGAUUUUUGUUGAAAA